GGUGGGGCUUGGCGGAGGAGUCAUGGCCGAGAGCUGCCGCCUGUGGUAGCGACGGGAGCUGCGAGGCCGGCUCGGCGCCGGGAAUGGGGGGCCCACGGCGGCCGCGGCCGCUCCUCUGGCUGCUCCUGGUCCUCGUGGCCGCGCCCUUCGCGUCCCUGGAGCCGGAGACCGGGCAGGAGCGAGAGCCUCCCCCGCCGCCUCAGCAGGACCAGCAGAAGCCGCCGCCGCCUCCCCAGCAGCCUGCCGUUCAGGGGCCGAAGGAGCUCGACAGGGCCGAGAAAGGAUCUACUCAAGUUGCCCCAGACCAUUCUGUUAGUGGAGAGUCUCUCGAUAAGACUAACCUGGGCUUUAUCCAUGCAUUUGUGGCUGCCAUAUCAGUCAUCAUUGUCUCUGAACUUGGGGAUAAGACUUUUUUUAUUGCAGCCAUCAUGGCAAUGCGUUACAACCGCUUGACGGUGCUGGCAGGUGCUAUGCUUGCUUUAGGAUUGAUGACAUGUUUAUCAGUUUUAUUUGGCUAUGCUACCACCGUUAUCCCCAGAGUAUAUACAUACUAUGUGUCAACUGCACUCUUUGCAAUUUUUGGCAUCCGAAUGCUUCGGGAAGGCUUAAAGAUGAGCCCAGAUGAAGGUCAGGAAGAACUGGAGGAAGUUCAAGCAGAACUCAAGAAGAAAGAUGAAGAACUCCAGAGAACAAAGUUGUUAAAUGGGCCUGGGGAUGUGGAAACAGGAGCAGGCCCCACCUUGCCUCAGAAGAAAUGGCUGCAUUUUAUUUCUCCAAUUUUUGUGCAGGCUUUUACUUUAACAUUCUUAGCAGAAUGGGGAGACCGCUCUCAAUUAACUACAAUAGUUCUGGCAGCGAGAGAGGAUCCCUAUGGUGUGGCAGUUGGUGGGACAUUUGGACAUAGUUUAUGCACCGGUCUAGCAGUGAUUGGAGGAAGAAUGAUAGCACAAAAAAUCUCUGUUCGGACUGUGACAAUCAUAGGAGGAAUUGUUUUCUUAGCAUUUGCAUUCUCUGCACUAUUUAUAAGCCCAGAUGCUGGUUUUUAAAGAGAUGUUUUCCCAUUUCCUUGGAAGGAAGAGGACUAGGAGCGGACACACCUGUCCUUUGUAUUUUAUAUAUAAUGUACAGCUGUAGUGAAAUGAGCACUGAAGAUGAGAUGCUGCAACUCCUAUAGUAACCAUUUGGGACACUCUGAAUAUACCCUGUGAUGGAGAAUCCCCAUAUAUCUAUAUAUGUAUAUUUUUACAUGGGAUGCCCAAUGCAGUGUGUUCUGCCUCAAGCAAACUGAGAUCCACCUUCUUGAAAUACUACCAGGAUUGCUACUCCCAUCUCUUCAACACCACUGGUCGUCAUUCUGGAUGGAUGAAUUGUUGCUGCUGUGAGACUAGCACUUAUGCCUUACAAAUUAUCCAGUGUGAAGUAUUAGAGAGAACUCUUUGCCAAGCACAUGAUUCCGCCGACAUCAGAACUGAGGGAACUGUGAGCUAGUCAUGUGACUCAAGAAUUGGUGGCUUGAAAAAGGCUUGGUGUUGAGAGAGAGAAUCAGGAUAUUUUAGUAUGGACUACACUGAAUAUAAUGCUUUCAAUAUUUAAUCCAUCUAGCUGUUUACUAGAUCAAACCUGUUUUGUAUUAUGAUCCCCCAAAAUGAUCUGCAUUUCAAAAUUAAAGUAUCUUACUAUGUUCAUCUUUUUAGUAACUGAAAAAUGCAACCUGGGGAAAAAAUGAAUACAUUAGAUGUAACUGACUGAAUUUAGAUGAAAAUAUGAUUAGAAGUAAAUUAUUGCCAUUCAGUUUUUUGUUUCUUAUCUAUGUCAAUUCCUGACCACUUGGGGAAAUGAUUUUUAUGUGUUAGAUUAAAUGUAGAGUCUCCCUGUACGUUUUGCACAGCCAGUACUGUAAUUGACUCUUGCGUUUGAGUAGUUUAAAUAAUCUGACCUUGUGUUCCUUACUCUUUCAUUUCAAACUCUGCUGUUAAGACUUUGUAGAUAGCUGCAGUAACUUGAUACUUGACUAGUUUACAGUAUGAGCAUCAGCUGCAGAACUUAAGAGAUGGACCCGUGGUUUGAAAUGAAAUUUUUUUCCCAGAGCAGUUCAGCAGCUCUUAAAUUUGGUAAUGGCUUAAGCACACCAUCAUAACAACUGCCAAGUAAAAGAGAUAAGAUUAAGUAGCCAAAGAGCACACAUCAUGUUACUGUGAUAGUCCAAGAUGAAAAAACAAUUACUUGAAAAAAUAAACUCAUUUAUGACUUCUUUGUUUCCA